GGCGAUGGGCGGAACCCUUUUCAUUCUGGUCCAGGGGCCCCUCCCCUACAUUGGCCGCUCGGCAGUCCCUUCCCGGUACCGGUGAGUUAAAUGCCCCGGUACAGAGAGCUCGGUUCCCAGAGAGGAAGGAAGGGAGCGGGGAGAGCUGGGAAGGAUCGGCCGAGGGAGAGCCAGGAGCUGCCACCCACAUUGGGAUUAGAUCGGCCCCGCCCGGCCCCAUCCUAACGGGCACCCGAGUGGCGCCGUUACCCCCAGGAGCUGCAGAGAGGGGGAGAUUUCGUGCCCCCUGAUGGGAGAUCUCCAAACUGCUGGUGCAAUUCCAUGCGUCACUGCCUCCCGCGUGCGGAUCUAUUGACUUUCCCUGGAAGGGACCAUGAGUCCGGUAUCCGGGGCGGAUUGGAGGCAGCUGCUCCCUACUAGGGUCUGAUGGAGGCCGGGGUAGGUGCCCCCUCAUGUAUUGGCAGCCUGGGCACCGUGGAACCCAAUGGUCUGGCCCAGCUUCCCAUUAAUAUUCAGCCCAUUGCUAAAGGUGUGGAUACUGCAAUGCUGAGCUCGGGCGCCGGUGCCCAGGCUGGACCAGCUGCCAAGGUCUCAAAGACGGUCAAGCGGAGGUUCUUGAGAAGGACAGUGGUGGACUCUGACCAAGAGGAGCCCUCAGUGUUGGAUUUAUCAUUAUCCGGGCACCACAACAAGGUCAUCCCCAUCUCCCGGGCACGGAGAGCCAUCGCCAAGAGGUCUCAGGGGGUGAGCGACCAGGGAGGGGGCACCGAGGUCUUGGAAUCCAAAGGGUCUUCCUCUAAAGGGGGCAGCGCAGACGGGGAACCGGAUCAACCCGAGGGGCUCGAGAACAAGGAGAAAGCGGAAACCUCCCAUGAUGUACCAAAGUGCAGAAAGGAGGCCCCAGCGGAGGAGGAAGAGGAGAAUGAAGAGGAGGCCGACAUGAAGGCCGUCUCUACCUCCCUUGACGGAAGGUUUCUAAAGUUUGAUAUUGAAAUAGGACGCGGCUCCUUUAAGACGGUCUAUAAGGGCUUGGACACCGAGACCUGGGUGGAAGUGGCCUGGUGUGAGUUGCAGGACCGUAAAUUAAGCAAAUUAGAGCGCCAGCGGUUUAAGGAGGAAGCGGAGAUGCUGAAGGGGCUGCAGCACCCGAAUAUCGUCCGAUUCUAUGACUUCUGGGAGUCGUGUCUGAAAGGGAAGAAGUACAUCGUUCUUGUUACGGAGCUCAUGACAUCGGGGACCCUAAAAACAUACCUGAAGAGAUUUAAGGUGAUGAAGCCCAAGGUCUUGCGCAGUUGGUGCCGGCAGAUCCUCAAGGGGUUAAUGUUCCUCCACACGCGCACCCCUCCCAUCAUCCACCGGGACCUCAAAUGCGACAACAUCUUCAUCACUGGACCCACCGGCUCGGUGAAAAUCGGCGACCUGGGCCUGGCCACCCUGAAGCGCGCCUCCUUCGCCAAGAGCGUCAUAGGCACCCCCGAGUUCAUGGCCCCCGAGAUGUACGAGGAACAUUACGACGAGUCGGUGGACGUUUACGCCUUCGGGAUGUGCAUGUUGGAAAUGGCCACGUCGGAAUAUCCGUACUCGGAAUGCCAGAACGCGGCCCAGAUCUACCGGAAAGUGACCAGCGGGGUGAAGCCCGCGAGCUUUGAUAAAGUUGCAGACCCGGAGAUCAAGGAAAUCAUCGGCGAGUGCAUCUGCAAGAAUAAAGAGGAGAGAUAUGGAAUUAAAGACUUACUAAGCCACGCCUUCUUCGCGGAAGACACGGGGGUGCGGGUGGAGCUGGCAGAGGAAGACAACGGUAGAAAAUCUUCCAUUGCCUUAAGGCUGUGGGUGGAGGAUCCCAAGAAGCUGAAAGUCAAACCCAAAGAUAACGGCGCCAUCGAGUUCACUUUCGAUCUGGAGAAGGAAACUCCUGAGGAUGUGGCACAAGAGAUGGUGGAAUCCGGGUUCUUCCAUGAGAGCGACGUGAAGAUUGUGGGCAAAUCAAUAAGAGACCGAGUUGCGCUGAUCCAGUGGCGGAGAGAGAGGAUCUGUCCGGGGGAGAAUGAGGCCUUGGAGCAGCCGCCAGUAGUGCAGCCGCCACUCGCCCCCUUGGCACACUCCUCCCACAUUGCCCCCCACAUCCCCCCCGAGCCAGAGGAACUGGACACCGACCAGCACUUGUAUCAGCCCAAUCUGCCAACCAGCAUCACAUCUGUUGCCUCCGACGGCACGUUUGACAGCGGCCAGGGAUCCACCGUGUAUUCAGAUUCUCAGAGCAGCCAGCAAAGCGUCAUCUAUUCCUCUCUGCCCGACUCACUGCCUCCGGCCAUCCAGAGGGUCUAUAGCCCCCCGAUCCUGGAAGGUCAGACCGUGCCACACUUUGGGCAGUACCAGCCGCCUCCCACGCCUGGGAUACAAGUUGCUACUGGCACCCUCCCGGGUCUUGGGCAGCCGCAUUACCAAGACCCCGGUGCCCAGUACCCGAUGAUGCAAGCGAAUGCCAUUCCUUCAGUGCAGUUUGCUCAGUUACAGCCAGUGUUACCUGGACAGCCGCAUCCGGUCGUACAGCAAAUCCCGGCACCUCAGGGCAUCUGCCCCAUGCAGUCAGCCACUCACCCCUUCCCACAGUACCAAGCGCCCCUCGCCCAAGUGGCAGUGCCACAACUGAAGCCUCUCCAUAUCCCUCCUGUGCCCGCACAGCAGCGCCCGGUUCCUGCCACCCAGCUUCCACCGUACCCUCUCAUUCCAGCAGUUACUCCUCUCGCAGGACUAGAGACUCUCCCUGGCGCCAGUCUCUCUGACUUUCCCGCUGUCUGUGUUACCCCAUUACCUGCCCCCUGUCACUACUUUCCCCCAGGCAUUGUGGUGGCCAGUGUCCCAUUGACUCCUGCCAUAGCCCCACCCCUGCCUUUGCAAGCCAUGAAUUCGCAGUUGGUACUGUCCUAUGAGACUAACAUAGUCCCAAAUGUGCCAGUGGGCACGGUUCCAUUGCUAGCAGCAGCCGGUGUCCCAACGUUACCCACCCCACAGGCUGUUUCCCAGCAUCCCCAAGUUCAGCAGUUCCAAACAUCCUACCCACCCCUCAUUCAGAGUGAUGUUCCCUCUCAAAAUGUCUCCCAUCAAGCAACUGUUCCACCUCCUCAAACCCACCAUCCGAGCAUCCCUCAUCCCUCUGACCAGGCCUCGGCCGGGGCAUGUAACCAGGUUGUUCUGCCCCAAUAUCCUCUGGAUGUGGGAACUGCCAUGGGGGUUAUGGUACCUUCUACAACAAUGUCACCACCAGUGCAGUUUCCAGCUGAAUCUGCCCCUCUGCACCCACCUCAGGAACAUGUCACCCCGGUAUCCUAUAUACACACAGAUGUACCUAUGACCCAACAGAGCACAACUCUUCAGUCUGAGGGUCAUCAGCCCGAAACUACACAGCCACCUGUCCAUCAGAGUCAAACUCUCUACCAAGCCCCCCGGCCUUCUGUGGAGACCAAUGUAGAGGAGCCGACUCUGCAAGAGAAUCCAGUGAGUUCCGCACAAAGUUGUGAUAACUAUGCAGGCUCAGAUGCUGCGUCUGGUAGAGAGAUGAGUGAUGGUGGAGAAGGGGUUCAUGGGAAACAGGAUGGAAAACCAACCAAAAAGCAUCACCGGAGGUCUUCCCGCACCCGCUCUCGCCAGGAGAAGGCCAAUAAACCAAAGCUGACUAUUCUUAAUGUGAGCAAUACAGGUGACAAGAUGGUGGAAUGCCAGUUGGAGACUCACAACCAUAAAAUGGUGACUUUCAAAUUUGACUUGGAUGGCGAUGCACCAGAUGAGAUUGCCACGUACAUGGUGGAGAAUGGCUUUAUUCUGCAGAUGGAGAAGGAGGUGUUUAUUGAGCAAAUGAAGGAUGUUAUGGACAAAGCGGAAGACAUGUUGAGCGAAGACACUGAAGGGGAGAGAAGUUCAGACCAAGCGGCGAGUCCUCAGAAAGUGGAUUCUAAUGGGAGAGAGACGAGGGAGGAAAACACCCCAAAUCAAAUGAAGACUCCGGUCUAUCAGCAAAACGUUCUACAUACUGGGAAGCGAUGGUUUAUUAUAUGUCCAGUGGCCGAAACCACCGGUUCCUCCCUGCCAGAAGUGCCCCAAACUCCCUUAAAUACCCAGAAGCCGACUGACGUUAAAGAUCAGACCGCCUGCGAGGAUUCAGUAUUUGCCACAAAUGCGGAUAAGUUGGACUUUGCGGUGCCGCCGGGCAUACUGUGUGAGAGUGCCAGUGCCAUUCCUGCCUCAAGGACACAAUCUUCUUCUACAAUAUCUUCCUCCGAUCUGCAAACCCAAACGGAACUGUCCUUUUCUGCUCUUCCUGAGUCUCUCUCCUUUCUCCAAGAAGAGGAACCGGUCCUGUUCAGCCCGCCGGCAGUUACGCAGCCUCUAAUGGACUCCAUAAGCCAUGAGGCCGGAGGGAGCCUGGCGCCUGUAUUCUCCGCAGCACAAGAACCCGAGCAGAAACCCAGUCCUACAGAUUCAGUAAAUUCAACAGAACCGCCACGUGCAGCCUUACCCCUCUCCGACCACGAACGACCGGCCGCUCAGCAAGAACGGACUCUAGAUCCACCCCCAGAGCGGAGUACAUUGUAUGGAUCCAGUAUUGGUUUCCCCGUUGUAAACUCCAUAAAACCAGAUGCCCCCUUGCCCAUACCCCCUUGCCAGCCACACCUUGAUUCUGAAAUUUCCACCCCACUGAAACCAGUCCCAGUCCCCACUCAGUCUCUGGUUUUACCAGUUGGCGGCACAUCUUGCCAACAGCCCAGUAUUACCGAGUCGGACGGGGAAGGCCCCCCGAGGGUAGAAUUUACCGACGAUACCAUUAAAAGCUUAGAUGAAAAGCUCCGCACUCUCUUGUACCAGGAAUACACCCCGGCCAACGUUUCUGCCGGAACCCCUGACAAUUGUUCCGGAGCAGAAAGCGGAGCAGAGACAACGUUGGGCAACGGAGAAGAGAUUGCUGAACACAGAAACCUCUCCCAGUCUGUCUCUGCGCCACUAGAGAAAGCAACGGAACUGGGCUGGACUGUCGCAGAGAAAAGUUCUUGUGAGCUGUCAAACCAAAAGAUUCAGGCUGCACCUCUGAACCAUUCCCAGGGGUGGGAUUCUGGCAAAGAAAGUGCAGUUGACUCUUCUUCCAAAAAGAGAGAGACCCCUGACAAGUCCUCCAAGACCAUCGGCAGGUUCUCGGUUGUGAGUGCAGAAGAUGAUGCCCCAGUGACCGCUCCAAAUUACACGAGAUUUUCAGCCCCGCCCGAUGUCUACCUGGAUCAGGCUCCACCACAACCAGCCAGGGCCUCUGUCCCUAGAGCUCACACCUCUUCCCCUAUUAACUCUCUGUUCUGUGGCCAUGUUUCCAGUGACUCUGGGGAUGAUACCCCUCACUCCAAGUCCAAAGAGGCUCAGCCGUCCACCCCAAGUAAGGGGGGCACCAAUGACUUCAUGAAGAAGGCCGCUGCUUUCUUGCAUCGCUCUGGAAAGGCCAGUACCCAAAGCCCCACCUCUCCCAACGGCCAAGCCAUGAAAAUCCCUUCAAUAAACGUGACCUCUUUCCAUUCGCAGUCGUCCUAUAUGAGCAGUGAUAACGACUCGGAGUUUGAAGAUGCCGACAUGAAGAAGGAACUGCAGAGCCUCCGGGAGAAGCACAUGAAGGAAAUAACAGAACUGCAAUCGCAGCAGAAGAAGGAGAUUGAGGCCCUUUACCUCCGGCUGGGGAAGCCCCUCCCACCCAAUGUGGGAUUCCUGCACGCAGCACCCCCCAGUGGCCGCCGGAGGAGGAUCAGCAAAAAUAAGCUGAAAACUGGGAAACUGCUCAAUCCGCUGGUGCAGCAGCUGAAGAAUUCGACUACCAGUCCAAGCCGCAUUUCCCCAGAAUGCAAUGGUUCCCCUGCUAAGGAUCCUGCAAAGUCUCUGGCAGACUGCACCGCAGGAACCUCGCCAAGCCGUGCCGUACAAACGCAGCAGCCUUGCUCUGUGAAAGUCACCAUGUCGUCCGAUAAUAUCUGCUCUGGGGUCACCCGGGACGGUGUCGAUGUGCAGAGCAAUUCAAGCCAAGGCUGGACGGUUUACCACCAAACGUCUGAGAGAGUGACCUAUAAAUCUAGUAGCAAACCUCGUACCAGAUUCCUCAGUGGACCUGUGUCUCUGUCCAUCUGGUCCACUCUGAAACGCCUGUGUCUAGGCAAAGAUCACAGUAGUAGAUCUUCGACAAGCAGCCUCGCAACCGCCCCCGAGGCCUCGGCGCUGCCCCCGCUGAACGCACAAAUCCAGCCGCAGGCCAACAACAGCAACAACAACAAAAAGGGGACGUUUACGGAUGACCUUCACAAAUUGGUGGAUGAGUGGGCCUGCAAAACCGUCGGCGUGGCACAAUUCAAACCCUCAUUAAACCAAUUGAAGCAGUACCAGCAGCGGCAAGAUCUGGAGCCCAAGUCUGUGCCCAGCGACCUGUGUGACAUGAGCCGUGCCGUGCCAGAGCCCAGGAAGAGAUACAGCAUUCCCAUGGCUGCCCCUCCGGCUGUACCACUGGCUCCCCUCCUCUCUGCCGCUGUCCCAGCAACUGUUCCAGGAGCCGUGCAGCCGGGUACCUUUGUCAUGCCCUUUUGUCCGUACGCGGCACCAAUGUACGGCAUGCCCUGGGCAGGAGCGGCUGAGCUUGGGACUGCAGGAAAUCAGAUCAUGGCCCAAGUAGCCCCCAUAGGCAACCAAAUAUUCCCUGUGGCACUGCAGCACCCAGGUUUGCACCCUGCUGGAUCCAACAUGCGGAUUACGUAGCUCAUUGCCUUGGUUCCUUUUAGUUUAUGUUUUAACAGUGUUUGAGCCAAUCAGCCUCAUGUUAUUUAUUAUUUUUUUAUUUUCUCUAUUUUUCUUCCCUCCCAUCAGUGCUUGCAAAGCCUGCCGUGCAGUGCGACUAUAUUGCAGCGCUUUUACACCCUGUGAAGGUUAUUUGGGGACAGUGUCCCACUGGUAUCCAGUCCAAGCCAAACGCUCGCAUAAGUACCGCCCACAUCACUGUGAAAGUCCGCCAGCUAGUCACAUGAUCACAGCAACAGCCCCUCCCUCCCUAUUGCUGCCAACACUUCUGCACUCAGAUUUCCCACAAUCCUUUAUGUAAACCACCCUAUCCGCUCCCUCUGAUUCUGGGUGGUUUAGUGCCUUGAGAUGUUACUUUCCAGUCCCCCUGGAAGGAUCUGUAAAAAGCUUGAAAAGCAGGUUUUUAUUUUUAAAUCCACUUUUUUUUUUUUUUUUAAUUUAGAUUAUUGUGUUUUUUUAGCCAAAAGCAGUGCAGGCUUACGCUGAAUUACCCGCUGCGCGUCCGGCAGUCGCCAGUAUUUACUGGGUUACUUACAGCCUCUCUGUGACUGCAGAAAUCUCCCAACGAGCAGUGGGAUAAAAUACGGUUAUUGGGGGUUUACCUGAGCCGCAGAAAAGUCGCCCCAAGAGCCCCUGUUUUGCAAAAAAGACUUGAGCGCCUGUUCUAGAGGCAAUGGGUCGCUAUUGGUCGUCUCACAGCUUGGGGCUUUCUUCUUAGAAUUUCCCUGCUGGUGACUGGUUUUAAUUCAGAUUUAGUUUGAACGAAUCGGCGCCCGUCGCAGCCGCUUUAAUAAAGAUUCGGUGAAUUGGCAACUGGUUUUGUGCAUAAUGAAAUAUUAACAUUUUUAAAUGAAGAUUGAAGAGAAUUAAAGUGAUAACGGACAAAUAAAAGGAGCUUUUUUUGCCCUGUGAAGGAAAGGGUUAGGUUUUGGGGUGAAGAGGUUCCUCCCUCCCCGGAUCAAAGGAUUGGCAGUAUAAUAUCACUAAUUCUGUAUAAUGUCCUCAUUUGUACAUUUUGUUCUGUACAUCUGGGAUCUAUAGUUACAGUCAGUAUACAUUCGCCCAUCCGACUGUUUUGCACAAGUGCCACCCAGCAAGUACUCUCCUUAGUAACAAACCCAGAUUUGCUCUGCCCAAAGCGUGUACCCCAUAACCAUCACCAGUUGAGAAACCGUGGGCCCAGUUUCAUGCAAGAACUCAGUUUGGGGAAACCAGCGGCAGUAGGGCCACAGGGCCAUAUGGCAGGGAUCCCUGACUGUGAAUACCAAUAAGUUAUUGUGCAAUGUAGGAAUAUAUAUAUAACCAGGAAUAUUAGCAGCCAAUGGGCACCUUCUGGGAGUGUGCCACCCAAUAACCAUCCCUGAGAUAUUGCUUGAGUUUUGCCGAUGCUUAGUACAUGGCAUUUGACAUUCACUCAUGUCUCCUGCGUCCCUUUAGUACCUCUAGUAAGCUCCUCUGCAUCCUCCUUGGGUGAGACCGCACAUUUCAAUCACUGAAUUCCAUGGUUCCCAUGUUCCUCCUGAGUUUAGCGUCUGUAAAACAGAAUAUAUUCAGAAGUCAGGACAGUGAUUGCUACAUCAGUAUUGCAUAGAAACACGCUGAUUUACUAUCGCUCUGCACCAAUCACUUUAGCCUUGUUUGGAACCUCCCCCUCGGGUAAUUGAUUCCAAUAUCCCUCAGUACUUGCCCCAAUGCCGACUUCUAAUUUGAUGUACUUCUGAUUCAUGGGCUGCUCUUUUUCCCUGUGGGUAAGUAAAUCAAAUGUUACCCCUGUACUUACCCAGGGUACAGAGCUCUCUUCCUGCUGUAGGUAAGUACUGGGGGGCAUUAGAUUCACUUACCCAGGGGCUGGUUCCUGAAUAACCAUAGGGGAAAGCAGUAGUGCAGAGAAUUGGACCUGAAUAUGUACUGAGUGGCAACUGAUUUAUUUACAUAGGGGUAGUUCCAGGCAGGGGCAGUUGAGGGGCAAGUUUCCUCCCUGUUGGCCUUUUAAACCUUUUCCAUCUCAUAACGUUAGACCUGUUUUAUCUCCCUCUGCUUCUUACAGUUCUGAAACUAAGCAAGAUCCUAUAGUAUUUUAUUCCCAAUCCCCCCGCGCUCAUGUUUUUUAUUCUGCUUAACCCCUUCCUUCACCUGCACUCUUUUUCUUCUUCCUGUUACAAGCCAAAGCUCCUCCACUUGUCUUUAAAGGGUAAAUACACCAUAUUGUAGUCUGCACAAUAUUAAAUCCGUUGCCUGACCUUCACUGAAUGAAGUGACCGUGCCAUAACAGAACCCGGAACUGGUCCAACACGGUCAGUCACACAUAGAUCCAUAUCCCUAUAAAAGUGUUCUGUUUAGUGAAAGAAUUCUGAUCACCCUCACAAAUGCCUUUUAUUUUCUUAACACGUGAAUUGCACUAUUUAAUAAAUGUAUCCUUUAUUCCCUACCUGUGUUAAUGAUGAUGCUCGUAAAACCACCAGAGAUCCCACAAAUGCCCAUCACUGUUUCACAGACAUCUCAUCUUAGAAUAAAGACCCCCUGUGUUUCUGUACCCUAAAACCCACCUUAUGGAACCUGCCACUGCCUUACUGAAAAGUUUGACUCCCAUUUUUAUUACCCAAAGGGGAACUAUCAUGAAGCUUCAUCUCCCUGAAACAUUCUAAAAAUAAUAGAUUCAGAAUUCCGUACUGUUUCUCUCUCAGCAAUCUGUCUCUCUAUCAUUAUCUCCAUGCAGGAGUCUGGGUCAAAUUUUGAUUGAUCUGUCUAAUACAUCUUUUAGUGGGGAGGGUCCUUUUGUCUAGAAGAUGAAUUAGAACUCACUCUUGCCAAAUAACCAGAAAAAAACACUCUUUCUACAGGCAGGAUUUGUGCCGGAGUCGGUUAUUUUGUUUGUGCUGGAAUUAGUUGAGUUCUGCUAAGACAUCUGCUGGGAAAGAGAAUUCAGACCCGAGACAGAUUUCUGAGAGAGGGGAGAGGGACAAUGAAGAGUAACUUGAAUAUUUUAGAAAUAAGGCAUAAUUAAUAUUCAUGAAAUUAAGCUUAUAUGAAAUGCUCAUGUUUUUAUUAGUUCCCCUGUAAAGAUAUGCACAGCACAGUUUCUGUAAGAUGAGGAGCUGGCUUUAAGGGGUGCAAAGAGGGACUUCUACAGGACCCCAUAGAGCACCCAAAGAGUAAAGGAACUGCACCAAAGUAACAAAUCUAUUAGCAUCACUCAAGCAUUAGUUCUAGUCUCGUUUUCUAAUGGGCCGACCCUCAGGCAAUGGCACAGUCCGGUCUCGGGGGGACGCACGCUCUUCCCCUGCAAUGACCUGUUCCCUGCUGGGGGGGGGCUGGGGACUUGCUGCCAAGCUGUGAAUUGUAUACUUCUGUCUAGAUUCUGGGGGGGGGUUGCCAUUGUGACUAUAUUUUAUGGGUAACCCUGACUGUAACCUGUCAAUUCUGUCUGAAUUGAAUUUUAUACGCAACUAUGCAGAGUCUUCUGCCGCGGGAAUGGGGCGACCUGAGCAAGAGAUUUCUGUUCUCUUCAUCGUUAGUUUCUUUUUUGUUUUUAGAUUGUAUAUUUCAUAAGGGAAACGUGGGAAGAACAGGCCCCACUUUCUCAGUCUGCUUGCACUGAAUCUUUCCCUCUCCCCCCGCCCUGCCUGUUGUACAGCCCCCCAUCCCUGUAUGCUGACAGUGUCAGUGGCACUAAAUCCUCAAUAUUGUAUAUUAAUGAUACAAAAUAAACAUUUUGUGCUUGA